AUGAAAACUGUUUCUACUGUGAGUUUUCCCUUCCAGCACGACCGUUUGGAGUUUCCUAAAUAUGCUAACGAUUGUCUGGAUAAGUUGUGUGCUACUUCCACGGUCGGCAUAGCUGCCUGUGGGUAUGCUUUGGCACGACCAUGUACGGGCAACGACUUGAAUGACCAUCUGACGAAUGCUACUGUCCACUCUAAUAAUUUUAUAACUCCUUUAAUACGAAAGCCGGCUGGAUCCAAUGGGAAAGUGAUCGGGUCCGUUGAUAAUGCGAACCAGCCCGAGAUACCUCCCCUUCAUGCAAACUUCUCCAGACCCUCUACAUCACGAAAAUGGUUGCGUCGGUUAUCAGUAUCCUUUUCUUCCUCCUCCUCUUCCGGUUCCUCCCCGGCAACAUCUACAAAUUCCUCGAGCUUCUCCUCGCGCUCCCGCUCGCAGUCUGCAUCCUUGGAUGCGUCCGCCCCAAACUCGCGGCCGCCCACGCGAAGUAAACUUCUCAAGCGCUCUCCCUCGCAACGCCUCGCUGGCUCUCCCUCUGUGCCAAGCCAUCUUAGACGACCGUCCACAGCUGUGAUCCAAUCAACCCCCCUGGCCAAAUCCUCGCAUCUGGCGCCGAUCCAUGCAUCACGUCCUUCCACCUCCGCUCUUGAGUCCAACCCCCCUCGGUUACCCCCUCAGGAGCCUCAGGAUUCAUGGCGGGUCUUCUUUUCAGCUAAACGUCAGAAAGCCAGGUCAUCAUCAGCUGCUGGAGGAAAGUUGACAAAGUUUGCCGGGAUAAGGAGGAUUUAUCCGAGCCAACCUCGCCAAGAGCCGUCGGCGCCAACAUUAAUGCUCGCACCUUCCGUCGAGACGCCGGAUUACGACGCAGCAUCCAUCCUUUCAGGAGCGGCCUCGCUCUUCUUCGAUUCUAGGCCGGGUACGCGGAUUGGUGAUUUUUCGCAGUCUCGUGACCGCCCCUCGACGUCUGCCAACAUGGCUGCGCCCAAGCGACAUGUUAGGCGCUCAUUGUCCAUCUCGAAUAUUCUCCCGAUAAAUGGUCCGCGGAGGCAUGGGCAGGACGAUAAGGGUCUAGACGGCGAAGGUGAGGGCGGCGACGCUUUGGUUGGCUUGUGUUCUACGGAUUUGGGUGUCACUAGGCGAUUUUCAGAACCUCUUGUUGAUUCCCCCUAUUUACUACUGCCCAGGCCGGCGUCGCCUAUGGGCGGGGGAGGAGAUCCGCUUCCUCCCAUACAAUCCCUAUCGGCGCUUGAGUUGGACAUGGAGGCUCUGCCUGCGACGAACACUGAUGGCCUUGAUGAUUAUCGCCUCGAAGCCUUGUCGCCCGUUGAUCCUGGUCAUGAGGCUGACACUGACGACGAUGAGGAGGAGGUGGAUUCUGAGCCCUUUCCCCGGGGCGGUAGACAUCAUCAACACAGAUUAUCGGUAAUCAGCGCUUCGGAGAGGGCAUCAACCCUCGUUGGGAGUGAGGACCUAGGUCAUUUUGAAGGCGAUGACUUUCAAAGUGAAACGGUUUUUGACUCCGUGAGGACUAGGGUUUCGGAACCGACCCCUGUUCGAUUGGAUGCCAUAUUUCAUUUGCCGCCUCCUGAACCCAGUGAACACCACUUGCCCAUGGGGUCCGCCAAAAGUGUUAUGUCUUCGGACAUUACCCCAACCAAAGGCAGCGACGUGCCUUCUCCUUCCACGCCCACUGUCCUCACGCCACAUUUCCAGCGGUCCAAUAUGUCCGACGAUGACGAUGACGGUUCUAGUAGUGAUUGGGAUCUUCCCUCAAAGUCUGUUGAUGAUGCUGGGGAAUUACGGGUUCCUGCUUCGAGUGGAUUGAGACCACUGAGCGGCAUUCAUCUUUCUUCACGCCUUGGUUUGAACCUCAACAAUGCGAGUAGUACCAGUUUCGGCACAGCAUUAGAGGGUCUAUCCAUCGAUAGCAGCAGCAUUAGAGAAACCUCAAGUAUACUUGAAUGGAGUGAGAGUAUCCCAAACAAUGGCACCCCGCCCAGCCUUUCGCGAAGAUCAAAGGCUAUCCAUGCAAAGGAGAGCCUGUUAUCGGGUAGUAGGGCUGGAAGAAGGGUGCCUAGUUUCCAUAUUCGCAGCCAGAGUGUACCCGUCGUCGGCGCUGUUCGGGCUGUUCCUUCGCCGAGUGAGAACUGGGAUGAUGAUUUCCUGGACGAUGAUGGUGAUGGUGGGUUUGGGUUUACGCGAAGGGAGAUGACCAUUCCACCAGAGAUUGAAGAACGACAGGCAAGCGUUAUUGGACAUCUUGGCUGUGUCCGGGAGUUUGCUCUGUUGGUCGAAGGUCCGAUUUCUGCCUUUUUUGUGCUUCUAUUUGAUGGCUGACUCAUGUAGAUCUCAAACGAUUGCGGGAUAUCGGAAACGCCUCUGGUCUUAGGACUGGGCCUAAUAAGCAUCUUUUGGAGGAGGCCGACGGGAUCAUUGCAUUGGCUACUCUUGAUGACGAGGAUACCCUUCCCUCCGUUCAACUCGAUAGGAGCCAAAACCGAUCCAGUUGGCAUACACCUUCCAGGAAUUCUGAGAUGACCCUUGAUGAUGAUUUCAAGUCUACCCCACGUAAUAGAAGACGCUCAUCUAUCCUGUUGCCGGACGAUGACGUGUUCGGUGGCGGCAACCUGCCAACUACCCCUUCAUUCCCUCACCUGAGGCAUGGGUUCCGCAGCCCUUCUGCUUCUUCCUCGCCUUCGCCGUUAUCCAAGAAGUCCAUCGAUAAGAACGACCCUGUGGAGGUUGCUAAAGGAAUCAUGGAACGGAUGCAGCUGCAGCAUUGGCAAAGGUCGGAUAGUCUCAUUGGGUCGGGAAAAUCGAAGGGUGCUUGGAAUGGAGGAAAGGUGCAGUUCGAUACGGAUAUGCUGAGGGAAUUGGUCGUUCACGUUGGGGGGUUGAAAAGGGAUUUGGCGGAGCUUGUGGAUUGUCUGGAUUCGCCUUCACUCAAGAAACACCCUCACUACCUCACCUCCGAUGUUGUCGAGUCACCCACUACCUUGGAAGCCGGCGAGUAUGGACUUGAGAUUGGUCCUGGAAUGAGUCCCUUUGACCAGGAGGGCUGUGGGAGCGGGUUGGAGAAGGUCAGGUCCAACAACGGGGUCGAUUUUAGACCCAUCGUCGGUGUCGUUUAGGGAUACCAUCGUGAUCGAGUUUCGGCACAUUCAUCGCUGCAUGUUUGGGGGCGCAAAUAAGAAAGCAUUGUGUUUGGGUUUGCAUUGGAGUGGGAAAAGAUAAAACCGCAUGCAUUCGAUGGAGGUUAUGUUUGGUUUGCACCUGCUUUUUAGCCCUUUGCAUUGUUUUUUGUUUUGCGUUUUUUUCUUUUUCUUUCUUUCCGUUGGACCUCAUCAUACAUAUAUAUUUCGCUAUAAAUGUGGGGUUGCGGGGGCGCGCGCACUGGUCACUUUGAAUACUUGCUCGAAUACUUGGACCUUUUGCUCUGGGUCCUGGCACCUGGAUGGAUGGAUGGACGGAUGGAUGGAAAUUUUUCGAAGGGGCCAUGGGAACUGGAACGCAAAUGGAAAUGGGAAAUGUGGGGGUUCGCUGCCGAAAAGGGGGAGGGCAAAGGGCGACGGCUUUGAUGAUAGGGUCUGGGAAGGGCUAAGGUUCAUCGAGUUCUGCUCGGCUCGUCAGGGAUUUUUAUUUUAUUUUCCACUUUUGCUCAUUGUUUUUUUUUUCUCUAUUCAUUCGUCUCUUUUUCUUUUUUCUUUCCUCAAAAAAACAUCAAUCAUGGAAACGGGGAGUUACGUUUAAUCGAGAUACUGGGUUUGCUUUUUUUUCCUUUUUUCCCAAGCGCUUUCACUUUUUUCCUUUUCUUUCAUUACUUUCGGUUCUUGUAUAUAUAUACCCUUGUGUCAUCUUUUUUUAAAACCUAUCCGGAGUGUCAAAAACAUCUUUGCUUGCUUGUUUCCUUCCUUCCUCUCAUUUCUUUCUACCAUAUAAAACCUCCACUACUCAUUAUAUUUCUCUUACGAAUUUCCUUUAUCCGCUCCUUCCCCCUUUCCUUACAACUUUCUUUUACGAAGAUUGAUAUGUGUCUGUUUUCCCGAACCUUGAAGGAGUGCGAUUGGUCCCCGUGUUGUGUAAUGGAUUUGGAUGAUUGGAUGAUGGUUGGGAUGGAUGGAUGGAGGAUGGUGGGGGUAGGGGCCAGAUGAAUGGAUGGGGAAAAGGUUCGGGAGCGGAUGGGUAUGAGUUAUGAGGGCAUGAUGUCUAUAGCAAUAAAGA